AUGGCGUCGCUGUCGUCGUCCCGGCUGCUCCUUCUCCUCUCGUGCCUCGCGCUUGCGCUGCUCGCGGCGGACGCCGAAGUGCACCACCAUGAGUUCGUUGUCCAAGAGACGCCAGUGAAGAGGCUGUGCAAGACGCACAACAUCAUCACGGUGAACGGGCAGUACCCUGGGCCGACGCUGGAGGUCAGGGAGGGCGACACGCUCGUGAUCAACGUCGUCAACCGGGCGCAGUACAACGUCACCAUCCACUGGCACGGCAUCCGGCAGAUGAGGACUGGGUGGGCGGACGGGCCGGAGUUCGUGACGCAGUGCCCCAUCAAGCCCGGCGGCAGCUACAAGUACCGGUUCACCAUCGAGGGGCAGGAGGGCACGCUGUGGUGGCACGCGCACAGCUCCUGGCUCAGGGCCACCGUCUACGGCGCGCUCAUCAUCCGCCCCAGGGAGAACAAAACCUACCCCUUCGCCAAGCCCUCGCGUGAAGUCCCCGUCAUCCUCGGGGAGUGGUGGGAUGCGAACCCGAUCGACGUCAUCCGGGAGGCGCAGAAGACGGGCGGCGGUCCCAACGUCUCCGACGCGUUCACCAUCAACGGCCAGCCCGGUGACCUGUUCAAAUGCUCCCAGAAAGAGACGACGGCCAUUCCUGUGAAGGCCGGCGAGACGGCGCUGCUGCGGUUCAUCAACGCGGCGCUCAACCACGAGCUGUUCGUCACCAUCGCGCAGCACAAGAUGACGGUGGUCGCCACCGACGCGUCCUACACAAAGCCCUUCACCACCUCGGUGCUCAUGAUCGCGCCGGGCCAGACCACCGACGUCCUCGUCACCAUGGACCAGGCGCCCACCCGGUACUACAUCGCCGCGCGCGCCUACGUCUCCAGCCAGAACGUGGCCUUCGACAACACCACCACCACGGCCGUCAUCGAGUACGACUGCGGUUGCGCCUCCGACUUCGGCCCCAAGAUACAGCCGGCGUUCCCGGCGCUCCCGGCCUUCAACGACACCAGCGCCGCCACCGCCUUCGCCGCGGGGAUCAAGAGCCCCAACAGGGUCAAGAUCCACGAGAACGUCGACGAGUACCUCUUCUUCACCGUCGGCCUCGGCCUGUUCAACUGCAAGCCGGGCCAGCUCUGCAAGGGGCCCAACAACAACACCCGCUUCACGGCCAGCAUGAACAACGUCUCCUUCGUCUUCCCCACGACCGACUCCCUCCUCCACGCGCACUACUACAAGAUCCCCAGCGUCUUCACCACCGACUUCCCGGCGUACCCGCCCGUGCAGUUCGACUACACGGCGCAGAACGUUAGCCAGGCAUUGUGGCAGCCGGUCCCUGGGACCAAGCUGUACCCGCUCAGGUUCGGUUCCGUGGUGCAAGUCGUCCUGCAGGACACCAGCAUCGUCACGCCGGAGAACCACCCCAUCCACAUCCAUGGCUAUGAUUUCUUCAUCCUCGCGGAGGGUUUCGGCAACUUCGACCCCAAGAAGGACGUCGAGAAGUUCAACUACGUCGACCCGCCGCAGCGGAACACAGUGGCGGUGCCUGUCAACGGCUGGGCAGUCAUCCAGUUCGUCGCCGACAACCCAGGUGUGUGGCUCAUGCAUUGCCAUCUGGACGUGCACAUCACCUGGGGCCUGGCAAUGGCUUUCUUAGUGGAGGACGGGUACAGCGAACUGCAGUCACUGGAGCCGCCCCCAGUUGAUCUUCCCAUGUGCUAA